AUGCCUUCUCUAACUCCUUACCGCGAUUCUAAAAGUGCUCUUUCCCAACUUUCUUCCUUUGUUCCUGAUGUGCCACCCACUGUGGCUUUCGUUAAGCGCCAGCGUGACGAUGGCGAGGUUGACCGUGAUGAGAUGCUGUACCGACGUUUGAAGAAGCGGAAGACGUUCCAUCAAGUGGUGUUUCUCAACCUGUUGCAGAGAAUUCACUUCAAUUUCACGAAUGAACGCAAGCGCGAAUGCGAAUGUCCAGAGCCCAUCUCCGUGAAGCGACAGCGACAUGAAGACCCAUCCGUCAUUGAAGAAGAUAUUGAAAUGCCGCUUUGCCGACGCGAAGAAGGUGAAGCCACUGUGCCGCCAGCCUGGCCGGUUCCGGCCAUCGCCCAAGCCCAGCCGCAAACGGUGUUGAACGACGUGGCCUUGGUGGGCCAUUUGCCAGAAGAAGCUCAGGUUGAGGUGACCAUCCAGGUGGUGAAAGAAGCACAAGAAAAACCUCACCAAGAAGCACGCGAAGAAGGAGAAGACGAAGAGGCAGAUGAAUUUUUCGAUGCCAUGAGCUUCGAAGACGAACCGUUCUUCGAAGAAGGACAAACCGAGGAGGAGCCUUUUGUGGACGCUCCCUGUUUCGAGGAAUGGAUGGUGAUGGACACCGUUGAAGAAAUGUCCACACCUUCCGUGGAAGUUGUCGCUUCUGACACUUUGGCGCCCAUCUCUUGUCCGUCGUCCGUGGAGGCAAUGGAUUACAUCCUGGAAGAAUAUUGGUAACCUCCCGGAACCCAGCCCAGAUGACAUGGAGCUGGGCUUUCAGCUCGCCGAGCUAUUGUAUGGCCUCACUCUCGUGGAGCCGCGCGACCAGGAGGAGGUCGUCAUUGAAAGUGACAUCCAGGAGGAACGUUCCGCUCCGCCUUCCCCAGCUUCUGAUCCUCAACCCGCCGAAUCUGAACCAGAGGAUCAGAACAUGAUCUCCCUGAAUCACCGCCGACCAAUGCGGUUCAGGGAGAUCUGCGGAGCGGGAUCAUCAAAGAAGCAAACCGCGCAACCGCCAGCGCAACCGCCAGCGCAACCACCAGCGCAACCA